CAAACUAAGCUUCAAGAAAACUCUGUUGUAGAAGAAAUAUGACAAAAACAGAGCUAUGUUAUUUAUUUUUGGUUCUUGUUGUUGCAGAGCUUUGUUCAAGGCCUGCAAUAGCUGGUUCUCCAGUGAAGUUUCUUCCAGGAUUUAAAGGACCCCUUCCUUUUCAACUUGAAACUGGGUAUGUAGGAGUUGGUGAUUCAGAUGAUGUGCAAUUAUUCUAUUAUUUUAUAGAGUCGGAGUCUGAUCCAGACUCUGACCCUCUAAUGCUUUGGAUCACUGGAGGACCUGGUUGCUCUGCUCUAUCUGGCAUUAUCUAUGAGAUUGGACCAAUAACGUUUGAGGCAGUGGAAUACAAUGGGAGUUUGCCUACAAUGAUACUGAAUCCUUACUCAUGGACAAAGGUGGCAAGCAUUAUUUUCAUAGACUUGCCGAUGGGCACUGGAUUUUCCUACGCGAAAACUCCAGCAGCUCUACAAUCAUCUGAUUUACAAGCAAGUGAUCAUGCAUAUCAGUUCCUUCGCAAGUGGUUUGUAGAUCACCCAGCAUUUCUAAAGAAUCCAUUAUACAUUGGUGGAGACUCGUACUCGGGGAUGGUUGUUCCCAUUAUUAGUCAAAUUAUAGCCAGUAAGAAUGAAAUGGAAAUCAAACCAUUUAUCAAUCUCAAGGGAUAUUUACUCGGAAAUCCAAUGACUUUUGAAGGUGAAAACAAUUAUGAGAUUCCAUAUGCUCAUGGAAUGGGACUUAUUUCUGAUGAACUCUAUGAGUCUUUGAAUACCAAUUGUAAAGGAGAAUACCUUAAUAUAAAUCCAAGCAAUUCACUGUGUUUGCAAGAUGUUCAGACUUUUAAAGAGCUUCUUAAAGGAAUUAAUAAGCCCCAUAUUUUGGAGCCCAAAUGUAAGCGUUUUUCGCCAAGGCCACACCAAUUGUUUGGCGAAAGAAGAUCUCUUGAUGAGAAGUUACAUGAACUUAACAAUCUUCCUGGACUAAAAUGUCGCAAUACUUGGUACAAACAUUCUGAUCAUUGGGCUGAUGAUGAUCAAGUUAGAGACGCCCUCAACAUCCGGAAGGGGACUAUCGGAAAAUGGGAGAGAUGUGCAACUUUGCAAUUCCAAAAGAUGGUCACAAAUAGCAUACCUUAUCAUGAAAACCUCAGUAGCAAAGGUUACAGAUCUCUUGUAUACAGUGGAGAUCAUGACAAGGUUGUUACCUUUCGAUCAACUCAAGCAUGGAUAAAAUCUCUUAACUACUCAAUUGUCGAUGAUUGGCGAGCCUGGACUGUUGACAAUCAAGUUGCCGGUUACACAAGAAGUUAUUCAAAUCAGAUGACAUUUGCCACAGUGAAGGCAAGGAAACUAGGAGCAGGGCAUACUGCACCAGAAUAUAAGCCUCGUGAAUGUCUGGCCAUGCUCACAAGGUGGAUGUCUUGCCAGCCCUUGUAA